AUGGUACAGAAUCAACUUUUUGAUACAUCAAGUAUAGCCAUUAGUGAUGGCUCAAGAACUCCGUCAACGACAAUUAUGGUAAAUAAUCUAAUGAACACAAACGUAACUGCCCAAGACUCAUUAUAUCAUAUCUGUGUCACUGUGAAAAGAAGACUGGAGUCAUUAUCUCAAUUAAAACCUUAUCUAAAUUUAGCAUAUUCAUCAAGUGAACUUUUAUGUGAAAGACAAUCAUUAUUACUAUCGCAAAAACAACAGCAACAGAAGGAAUUAGGUCAUCAGAGUUUAAAUUCGACAUUCGGCAAUAAUACACUAAAUCAAAGAGAUAGCCAUAAUGAGAUUAGUCUUUCUAAUGGUGGUAGAAGUAGUACAAUCUCAAGUUCAAGCAUGAAAGAUGACACUUCACUAGAUGGGGUCACAUACGCAGCCUCCUCUGGUUUAUCUUCAGUACAAUCAACGUCUAAUCCAAAUUCAGGUCAUAAUGGUAACAUAGAAGAUACAUUACUAACAUUCAGUAUGGGUAUUUUACCAAUUACAGAGAACUGUGAUCCAGUUACACAAUUAUCGCAAUUGUUUCAACAAGGUUCUCCACUUUGUAUUAUUUUCAAUUCUGUCCAAAACCAAGUCAAAUUACCAGUCGUCUCUUCAGAUGAUUUAAAAAUUUGUAAAAAAUCCAUAUAUGAUUUUAUUUUGGGUUGUAAACAGCAUCUAGCUUUUAUUGAUGAGGAAUUAUUUACAAUUUCAGACGUUUUUGGAAAUUCAACGAGUCAAUUAAUGAAAGUUUUAGAUGUAGUAAUUACUUUAAUGGAUUCUGCACCUGAUGUAUUCCCAUCGACUAUUAGUGUACUAAAUGAUGAAGCAAAUUUUAUUAACGAAUCACAAAAUUCAAUCAAAAAAUUCGAAUCGUACAGUAAAAUUAUGAAAGAAUUUGUAGCCACUGAAAGAAAAUACGUUUUUGAUCUAGAAAUCUUAGAAAAAUACAGACAACAAUUGUUAGAGAGCAAUUUGAUUACUUCAGAGGAAUUAUAUAUGUUAUUUCCAAAUUUAUCAGAAGCAAUUGACUUUCAAAGAAGAUUUUUAGUCUCUCUGGAAAUAAACGCAAAGGUUGAUCCAUCAAAACAAAGAGUCGGUGCUCUAUUCAUGCAUUCCAAGUAUUUUUUUAAAUUAUAUGAACCUUGGUCCAUAGGUCAAAAUGCAGCAAUUGAUUUCCUAUCGAAUAAUUUGGAGCGACUCCAAGAUACAGAUUUCGUCAUUAAGAAUAAGCUGGAAUUACAAUCUUUCUUAUAUAAACCAGUCCAAAGGUUAUGUAGGUAUCCAUUGUUACUUAAAGAGUUGCUACAAAGUUCAAAUUUAAGUAAUAAUCCUAAGGAGCUUGAAAUGGCUUUGGAUAUAGCAAAGAGUAUAGCCAGAAGUAUUAAUGAUAAUCAGAGACGAACAGAAAAUCAUGAAGUUGUAAAAAAAUUAUACAAUAGAGUUGUGAAUUGGAAAGGUUAUAGAAUUGCAAAAUUUGGCGAAUUACUAUACUACGAUAAAAUUUUUAUUUCUACUAGCAAUUCCUCGGAAUCAGAAAAGGAAUUUGAAGUUUAUCUAUUUGAAAAAAUUAUUAUUCUAUUCUCUGAGGUUACCCAAAAGAAAUCUUCAUCAUUGUCAUUAAAGAAAAAGCCAACAACUUCAUCUUUAUCCUUAAGUUUAACUUCUUCCCAUUCAAGCUCGGCAAACCAAAAUAAUGAUGGUGUGAAUGAACCAAAGUUAGAUUUAAGAGGAAGAAUUCUAAUCAUGAACUUAAAUAAAAUCAAUCCUCAAGGAACACAUACUUUAAAUAUUACUUGGGAAUCUCCAAAAGAACAAGGUAAUUUCAUAUUGAAAUUUAAAAAUGAGGAAACAAGGGAUAAUUGGUCUUCAUGUUUACAGUCAUUGGUUCGUAAUAUAAGAAGUGAGUCAUUUAGAAGCACAAGUAGCACGGGUGAUAGAUCAUCGUUAACUUCACCAAUUCAACAUAAACAAGCACACAACAGUAUGGCAUCAAUUAAUAGUUCGCAUGUGAAGCGUAUUUCUGACAUGCAACAAAAGAAUCGUACAUCAUCAUUUGGCAACGAAUAUAGAUCUAUAUCAGAGAAUUAUAAAAGUUCGAUUCCAGAUUCUUCAUUACUAAUCCGCAUUGCUUUUAAUUCUGAUUUUUAUACAAUUUUGAUAGAGCUUGAUGCUUCUAUCGAUGAAUUAUUGCAGACAAUUAAGAAAAAGAUAAGUCAUUCAGGCACGGUUACAAAGAUUAAAUAUCAAGACGAAGACGGUGAUUAUGUUAUCUUAGAGUCCGAAGAUGAUUGGAUUGUAGCAAAGGAUAUGUUGAAGGAAAAUAAUGAUCAAAUUUUGAAUGUUUGGGCCUAUGCUUAA